AUGGACUAUUUCACCAGGGCUGACCCACCAGAGAGUGAGCACCCCAGCGGUCCUUCAAAGCAAGAAAACCUUCAUGACGUGACUGCUGCGCUCACUACCGUGGCUGAAAAUUUUGAUGCUGAACCUAUGAGCUAUGUGGUGGAGCUAGCCGCUGCUGAGGUGGAGGAAAAUCCCAAAGCUACCCCGGCUAUGAGAGAGUUCGCGAGUAUUAGGAAAGGUGAUGCUGAAGAAAGGGCCCACAAAGUCUUAGAGAAACAUGGUCUUACCGUACCUAUGCAGAUUGACAAAGUUGAUCUCGCUGAUGCCAAGCGGUACAAGGGCUUUCCAUACAUCAAGUUUUCCUCAUGGGUGAAAUACUUGCUGGAUAGUGACCGACUACCACGCCUACUUUGUGCCUGUGAUAGUUUGGAAAGUAUGCAAAUUGCACUACAAGAAUUCUGGGAUCGCUAUGAGGCAAUUUUUCCUACUCACCAAAUCUUUGCUAUGCGGGAUGCUGGAGCUGUUGAUUUGCGAUUUGUUGUGCCAGUUUUUUCGCACACUGAUGAAGGGAGGUCAUACAAGAAACAACCGUUGUGGCUGCUAAGCACUCAUGGGGCCCUAGGGCGAGGUACCAAAGCCUAUCUCAAGAAGGGCAAAGAUCGACUUCCUUUGAGACGAAAUGGUUUUGGCCUGAAUUUUUGUGGCCACACAUGGAGUACAAAUUUCAUGUUCUCGUGCAUGCUGCGGAAGCUCUACAAGAAGAAGCCUGAGGUAUUAGAUCACUUGGUCAGUGUCUACGCCAAAGACAUGGAAGACCUUUUGGUGAAUGGGGUGGUGAGUGGGAAUGGCUCUGUCCGUGUCCGUUGCUGUCAUUUAGGGACCAAAGGGGACCUACCAGCAUUGGCUCGAAUGGGAAACAUGAAGCAUACUUUUGGGAAUGUGCCCAAAGCGGCGCAAAGCAAAAAACCCUGUGAAGGAAUAUGUUGGAUGUGUAAAGCUGGCCAAGAGGCAAAUCCGACAUUAGGUUUACCACACAUACCGUAUGAGGAUACAUCGGGAAAACCCCUGUGGGAGGGAACCUUGGGUGACUGUGAUGCAUGGGACGAAGUGCCUCCAAUACUACAAGGUGUUCCAUUGAGAGAAGAAGAUCAUUGGCAGUUCUUCAAAACGGAUGUAUGGCACAAUUUGCAUUUAGGAUUGGCAAAGCAUUGGGUUGCCAGUGCACUGGUAUCUAUGAUCGAAAACCUUGACUUUCCAGGUGGAUCCAUGGAUGAAAAGAUUGAUUUCUUGAACACGGAAUACAAAAAUGUCUGUGCCCGGAAAAGGAUCAGUCCGCAUUGUGAAGAACUUGGAAGAGAAACACUUAAUUGGCCUCAAUCGAGCACUUGCCCUGUUGGUGCUUGGAACAAGGGGAGUGCUAGCACACACUUUUUUCUGUUUCUAGAUGACCUGUGCCAAAGAUGGUCUACUGAGAUGGCAGAUGACCCUUUACUUCAAGCCAUAGUCCUUGGGAUUGAUUUCAUCGACUAA